AAAUGACUCAAUUAGAAGAAAUCAACUUACAUUUUGCAAGCAAUCAUAUAAAGUUAAAAAUGGAAUGGCUCCGGGAAGUUGUUAAUUUUCUCUCAAACAUUAAGAUCAGUACAGACAAAUUAAUAGGUUUAGUUUAUCAACAAUGGAUUUACUCAAAUAUUCAACAAAGUACUGAACCUAUUAAAGAAUUUGAGAAUUCUAAUGAUAUUUUUGAUUUGCCACAACCCCUACUUUUACAGAUUGAAUCUGUUACCGAUAUAGGCACUUCUUUUCUUAAACAAUACCAAACACUUGUACAAAAAGACUACGAUGAAACCGCCGCUGAAAUAGGUGUUAUUGAAUCAGACGACUACAAAAUUGAUAAAAAGUUUAAAUGUUUUUCUCUUCAACUAACCGAUGGUGAAAGGAUUUUUAAGGCUUUUGAACAAAAACGUAUUCCAAACCUAUUGUUAUCUACACCUCCUGGAAGCAAGAUUUUACUUUUUCGUGGGACGCGGAUUAAUCAAAAUAUUAUAUUUCUCGAUCCAAAAAAAUGUCAGUUAUUGGGUGGUGCCGUCUAUGAUCUUAUAUUACAAAAUAAUUCUUUACAUUCUCUCUGUAGGCUUCUUAAUAGACAAAUAACUUCUGGACCGAGAUCAGCGCAAAUGACUCAAUUAGAAGAAAUCAACUUACAUUUUGCAAGCAAUCAUAUAAAGUUAAAAAUGGAAUGGCUCCGGGAAGUUGUUAAUUUUCUCUCAAACAUUAAGAGCAGUACAGACAAAUUAAUAGGUUUAGUUUAUCAACAAUGGAUUUACUCAAAUAUUCAACAAAGUACUGAACCUAUCAAAGAAUUUGAAAAUUCUAAUGAUAUUUUUGAUUUGCCACGACCCCUACUUUUACAGAUUGAAUCUGUUACCGAUAUAGGCACUUCUUUUCUUAAACAAUACCAAACACUUGUACAAAAAGACUACGAUGAAACCGCCGCUGAAAUAGGUGUUAUUGAAUCAGACGACUACAAAAUUGAUAAAAAGUUUAAAUGUUUUUCUCUUCAACUAACCGAUGGUGAAAGGAUUUUCAAGGCUUUUGAACAAAAACGUAUUCCAAACCUAUUGUUAUCUACACCUCCUGGAAGCAAGAUUUUACUUUUUCGUGGGACGCGGAUUAAUCAAAAUAUUAUAUUUCUCGAUCCAAAAAAAUGCCAGUUAUUGGGUGGUGCCGUCUAUGAUCUUAUAUUACAAAAUAAUUCUUUACAUUUUAUUUCUGGACAGAUAAAUGAACAAAUACACUCUCAACAAAAUGAAUUUGUGGAAUAUGAUUGGGCUUUUCCAUUUUAAUUCGGUGAAGAAGGAUUUUUUUGCAUAUUUUUAUUUAAAUUUAAUUUUAUUUAAAUGUGUAAAUAUACUUAU